GUCGUGAUGAAGGGUUUAAAGUUCGAGUCUAUCCUCAAACAAGCUGUCAUUCCUUGGCACCCUCCUACUCGCCUCCCCCACUCCCGCUAGAUACGCACGAUGUCGUCUCCCCAAUCCCGUGUAUUGAUUUGUGGAAACCUCGUUUGGGCUCAUGAAGAUGCCAAACAGCUUUUUGAUGGGCUCGCAGAUAUCGUCAUUAUGGACUCUCCAGAUCGCGCAGAAUUCCUCGCAGGACUGAAACCGGGAGGAAAAUAUGACGGAAUCGUGGGCGUCUACCGGCACAACACCUCCGCUGAUCGCAUCGGCGUCUUUGACAAGGAGAUCGUUGAUGCUCUGGCUGAGACGGGCACCAUCAAGUGGAUCGCACAUAAUGGUGCAGGUUACGAUCAGAUCGAUGUCUUUAGAUGCGCAGAAAAAGGCAUCAGCGUGUCCAAUACUCCUGGUGCUGUUGAUGAUGCGACUGCCACUACGGCGCUGUACCUUGUCAUUUCUUGCCUCAGAAACUACGCUUGGGCCGAACAAUCCCUUCGCCAAGGGACGUUCAAAACAGUCCUCGAUUCUGGGCGGGCUCGCGAUGUUACGGGACGCACGCUGGGUAUCUUGGGCCUCGGCGGUAUUGGCCUUAGGCUUGCUCAUCUAGUCCACGCAUUCCCCAUGCGGGUCGUCUAUUACUCGAGGAACAAGUCUGCCGAUGCACCAGAGUGGUGCGAGUACGUUGACAGCCUGGAAGGGCUCUGUCAAGAAAGUGAUGUUCUGAGCUUGCAUGUUCCUUUACGCGACGAGACAGUCCAUCUGGUGGGUGAGAAGCAGAUUCGGGCGAUGAAGAAGGGCAGCAUCAUCGUGAACACCGCGCGUGGAAAGGUUGUUGACGAGGAGGCUAUGAUUCGCGCUCUUGAAGAUGGUCAUCUCUCGUCCGUUGGUCUGGACGUGUACCCAAACGAGCCGUUCGUGAAUCCGCGUUUACUCGAAUUCCCGCAAAACGUACUCCUCCCUCACAUGGGGACAGAGAACCAGGAUUCCCAGCGCGGCAUGGAGGUUCGUGCGCUCACUAACUUGAGAGACUUCCUUCGCGAUGGGCAAGGAAAGGAUCUGGUCCCCGAGAUGCGGAGUAAAUUGUGAUAGUGAAAGAUAGUGCAUAUAG